UGCACCUUGUUUUCCUAAGGGAAGAUGAUCCUCCUUACCCUGGUUAUCUGAGGUUCUCUCAAUGACAAGCUGAAGCAGGAACAACUGAAAGCGAUUUCUGGAACCCUGGAUAUACAACUUAAAUUUGUAGGAACCUUUCCAGAAUGAAAACCUCAUAUAGUUACCUUGAUAAUUGCAAAAGGAUGAGAGGAAAGUUAUGAUGGCAAAAAACAAAGAGCCACGUCCCCCAUCUUAUGCUGUUAGUGUUGUUGGACUGUCUGGAACUGAAAAGGAUAAAGGUAACUGUGGAGUUGGAAAGUCCUGUUUGUGCAAUAGAUUUGUUCGUUCAAAAGCAGAUGAAUAUUAUCCGGAGCAUACCUCUGUGCUUAGCACAAUUGACUUUGGAGGAAGAGUUGUUAACAAUGAUCACUUUUUGUACUGGGGUGACGUAACACAAAGUGGUGAGGAUGGAAUUGAGUGCAGAAUUCACGUAAUUGAACAGACUGAAUUCAUUGAUGAUCAGACUUUCUUGCCUCAUCGGAGUACAAAUUUACAACCAUAUAUAAAACGUGCAGCUGCCUCCAAACUGCAGUCAGCAGAAAAACUAAUGUACAUUUGCACAGAUCAGCUAGGCUUGGAGCAAGACUUUGAGCAAAAACAAAUGCCUGAAGGGAAAUUAAGCAUAGAUGGGUUUUUAUUGUGCAUUGACGUAAGCCAAGGAUGCAAUAGGAAGUUUGAUGAUCAACUUAAAUUUGUGAAUAAUCUCUAUAUCCAGCUCUCAAAAUCUAAAAAACCCAUAAUAAUAGCAGCCACGAAAUGUGAUGAAUGUGUGGAUCAUUAUCUGCGAGAGGUUCAGGCCUUUGCUUCAAAUAAGAAGAACCUUGUGGUAGUGGAAACAUCGGCAAGAUUCAAUGUCAAUGUUGAAACAUGUUUUACUGCACUGGUACAAAUGAUGGAUAAAACUCGUGGUAAACCUAAAAUAAUCCCCUAUCUGGAUGCCUAUAAAACUCAAAGACAACUAGUUGUUACAGCAACAGAUAAGUUUGAAAAACUUGUCCAAACUGUGAGAGACUAUCAUGCAACUUGGAAAACUGUUAGUAAUAAACUGAAAAACCACCCUGAUUAUGAAGAGUACAUAAAUUUGGAAGGAACAAAAAAGGCCAAAAAUACAUUUUCAAAACACAUAGAGCAGCUUAAACAGGAACACAUUAGAAAAAGAAAAGAAGAAUACAUUAAUGCAUUGCCAAGAGCUCUUAAUACUCUUCUGUCAAAUCUUGAUGAGAUUGAACACUUGAGCUGGUCAGAAGCCUUGAAGUUAAUGGAGAAAAGGCCUGACUUCCAGUCCUGUUUUGUAGUGCUUGAAAAAACACCCUGGGAUGAAACUGACCAUAUAGAUAAAGUGAAUGACAGAAGGAUUCCAUUUGACCUUCUCACUACACUAGAGGCAGAAAAAGUUUAUCAAAACCAUGUGCAGCAUCUUAUAUCUGAAAAAAGGAGGGUUGAAAUGAAGGAGAAAUUCAAAAAAACUCUUGAGAAAAUCCAGUUCAUUUCACCCGGACAGCCAUGGGAAGAAGUUAUAUGUGUUGUGGAGGACGAAGCAUUCAAAUACAUCACUGAUGCAGAUAGUAAGGAAGUGUAUGGUAGGCACCAGAGGGAGAUUGUUGAAAAAGCCAAAGAGGAGUUUCAGGAAAUGCUUUUUGAACAUUCAGAGCUGUUUUAUGACCUGGAUCUUAAUGCAACACCAAGUUCCGAUAAAAUGAGUGAAAUUCAUGCAGUUCUGAGUGAAGAACCUAGGUACAAAGCUUUACAGAAACUUGCACCUGAUAGAGAAUCUCUUCUGCUUAAACACAUAGGAUUUGUUUAUCACCCAACUAAAGAAACUUGUCUCAGUGGCCAAAACUGCACGGACAUUAAAGUAGAGCAGUUACUUGCCAACAGUCUUCUGCAACUAGACCAUGGCCGCUCAAAUUUAUACCAUGAUAGUGCCAACAUUGAUAAAGUCAAUCUUUUCAUUUUGGGCAAAGAUGGCCUUGCACAAGAAUUGGCAAAUGAAAUUCGGACACAAUCCACGGAUGAUGAAUAUGCGUUAGAUGGAAAAAUAUAUGAACUAGAUCUUAGGCCAGUUGAUGCAAAAUCCCAAUACCUGUUGACUCAAUUGUGGACGUCAGCCUUCAAACCACACGGUUGUUUCUGUGUGUUUAACUCUAUUGAAUCACUGAAUUUUAUUGGGGAAUGCAUUGCAAAAAUAAGGGCGGAAGCAUCUCAGAUAAGAAGAGACAAAUAUAUGGCUAAUCUUCCAUUUACGUUAAUACUGGCUAACCAGAGGGACAGUGUUAGCAAGAAUCUGCCUAUUCUGAGACAUCAGGGACAGCAAUUGGCCAACAAAUUACAAUGUCCUUUUGUAGAUGUGCCUGCUGGUACAUAUCCACGCAAAUUUCAUGAGACCCAAAUAAAACAAGCUCUGAGGGGAGUACUGGAAGCUGUUAAACACAAUUUUGAUGUUGUAAGUCCAGUUCCCACCAUUAAAGAUCUGUCAGAAGCUGACUUAAGAAUUGUCAUGUGUGCCAUGUGUGGUGAUCCGUUUAGUGUGGAUCUUAUUCUUUCACCCUUCCUUAACUCUCACUCCUGUAGUGCUGCUCAGGCUGGCCAGAAUAAUUCUUUGAUGCUUGAUAAAAUAAUAGGUGAAAAGAGGCGUCGAAUACAGAUAACUAUAUUAUCAUAUCAUUCUUCAAUUGGUGUAAGGAAAGAUGAACUUGUUCACGGAUAUAUACUGGUCUAUUCUGCGAAGCGGAAGGCAUCCAUGGGAAUGCUUCGGGCAUUUCUUUCUGAAGUUCAGGAUACAAUUCCUGUCCAGUUAGUGGCUGUUACUGAUAGCCAGGCAGACUUCUUUGAGAAUGAAGCCAUCAAGGAACUCAUGACUGAAGGAGAACACAUAGCAACAGAGAUUACUGCUAAGUUUACAGCUUUAUAUUCCUUAUCUCAAUAUCAUCGUCAAACUGAAGUUUUCACAUUGUUCUUUAGUGAUGUUUUAGAGAAGAAAAACAUGAUUGAAAGUUCUUACAUGUCAGACAGCACAAGGGAGACAACGCAUACAAGUGAAGAUGUUUUUCCAAGAUCUCCCAGAGGAAGUUCCCUUGACUAUAAUUAUCCAGAUUCAGAGGAUGAUACUGAAGGUCCACCACCUUACAGUCCAAUUGGUGAUGACGUAAGGUUACUCCCAGCACCUAGUGACCGUUCAAAGUACCGAUUGGAUUUGGAAGGAAAUGAGUAUCCUAUUCACAGUACACCACUCAACUGUCAUGACCAUGAACGCAACCAUAAAGUGCCUCCUCCAAUAAAACCGAAACCACUUGUUCCAAGAACAAAUGUGAAAAAACUGGAUCCUAACCUCCUGAAAACAAUUGAGGCAGGUAUUGGCAAAAACCCCAGGAAACAACCUUCUCGAGUGCCUGUGGCACCACCAGAAGAUAUAGACCAAUCUGACAACUAUGCUGAACCUAUUGACACUAUUUUCAAACAUAAAGGCUUUGCAGAUGAUAUCUAUGCGGUUCCAGAUGAUAGUCAGAAUCGUAUUAUUAAAGUUCGAAACUCAAUUGUUGUAAAUACCCAAGGUGAGGAAGAAAAUGGGUUUUCUGACAGAAUAUCCAAAAGUCACGGGGAAAGAAGGCCUUCAAAAUACAAAUAUAAGUCUAAGACUCUGUUCAGCAAAGCUAAGUCUUACUACAGGAGAACACAUUCGGAUGCAAGUGAUGAUGAGGCUUUCACCACCUCUAAAACUAAAAGAAAAGGAAGACAUCGUGGAAGUGAAGAAGACCCACUUCUUUCACCUGUCGAAACGUGGAAGGGUGGCAUAGAUAACCCUGCUAUUACAUCGGAUCAAGAAUUGGAUGAUAAAAAAAUGAAAAAGAAACCCCACAAAGUCAAAGAAGAUAAGAAGCCGAAAAAGAAAACUAAGACAUUCAAUCCUCCAAUCCGUAGAAACUGGGAAAGUAAUUACUUCGGGAUGCCCCUACAGGAUCUGAUUACACCUGAGAAACCAAUACCUCUGUUUGUUGAAAAAUGUGUGCAAUUCAUUGAAGAUACAGGAUUAUGUACUGAAGGCCUGUACCGUGUUAGUGGGAAUAAAACAGAUCAAGAUAACAUUCAGAAGCAGUUUGAUCAAGAUCAUAAUAUCAGUCUAGAUUCUAUGGGAGUAACAGUAAAUGCAGUGGCUGGGGCCCUUAAAGCUUUUUUUGCAGAUCUGCCAGAUCCAUUAAUUCCUUAUUCUUUGCAUCAAGAGUUGUUAGAAACAUCAAAAAUCAUGGAUAAGACAGAACGGCUGCACGAGUUAAAAGAAAUUGUGAAGAAAUUCCAUCCAGUGAACUAUGAUGUCUUCAAAUAUGUAAUAACGCAUCUAAACAGGGUUAGUCAGCAAUAUAAAACCAACUUUAUGACUGCUGAUAACUUAUCAAUUUGUUUCUGGCCUACUUUGAUGAGACCUGAUUUUGAAAACAGAGAGUUUCUUUCUACCACCAAAAUCCACCAGUCGGUUAUAGAGACCUUCAUUCAACAGUGUCAAUUUUUCUUUUACAACGGAGAGAUUGUAGAAGCACCUAACCCAGUGGCAUGUCAGCCACCGCCUUCCAAUGCAGUGCAGAUGGUGGAACCAAUGGUACCUCUUCAGUUACCACCACCACUGCAGCCUCAGCUGAUUCAGUCACAAUUACCAGCAGACCCUCUUGGUAUUAUAUAAAUAGAAGAUGAUUGCAGGCAGCCUGGCACUGGACAGUAAAGUCAAGCUAUAGACAUGCAUGUUUCAGGAUACAGUAAUGUACUUCAUAUUUAUGAAAAAUAAUUCCCAUCCAGCUGAUUGGACAUCUUUUUGUUAUAUCCCGUACUGUGUUCCUCAUUUGUACACAAUGCAGAUAAAAACUAUGUGAUAAGCAUGACUGGAGAGGUGUAAUUUUUAAAAGCAAAAAUAGCUAUAAAGUACAAAGCUGCUGCUGCAUGAUACCCUAUUGCAAUCACUAUAUCAUUCCUGUGACGGUUUGUCACAAUAUAUUGUGAAUAAAAUUUUUCUAUAGAAAUCUAAUGAUUUAAAAAAUUACAUUUAUGAAACAUUCAAUGCUUACAGCCUGCUUUAUGGCUGUUUUUGUUAUUUAACAUGCUAUUUUUGGCAAUUUUAUUCACAUUCAAGCAUUCUGUGUAAACAACUAAAGCCCAGCUAUAGUUUAUUUUGUAAUCUCCUGGCUACUUAUGUGACGGUAUGCUUAGGAUGGUUUAUGGAAGAAUGCAAAAUGCACUGUUGAGAAUUUUACAAUCCCUCACCAUCCAUCUUUACUUGUAAGUAAACCUGUGGACAGUUUGUUAAGGGUGGGUGAACUUGCUUAUUAUUUCUUACAGCACAAUACCAAGGACAUGCUUGUUGUAAAAGUGAGUUUCAAAUAUUGUACAAAAAUUUUGAUGUUGCCUACUUAUUUCUUUAUGUUCCAUUACUGAACUAAACAUUUUGUAAAACUGUUAAUUCUGUAAACAGCUGCAUGUUUAAAAGAUCAUUGAUGGUCUUGUAAACUUAAUCUAAUAUAUUUUAGAUAUUUUAAUUUUUCCCACUUGGGAAUACAUGUAGUGUUUAGAAAAUAGUUCAUGACAUUUUCAUAUAAGGUUAUAUAACUUUUCAUACAUAAACAUGAAUUUUGUUGUAGUAAAAUUCUCUAAACCAAACAAUGUUUUAAUCUAGGACUUCAAUUAAUCUAUUCUUUAAAUCUAUUUUUAUGUGACCCUUUAAAGAUAUACAAAAAUGCAUUGCUAAUACAUAGCAAUAAAUACUUUGGGUACUGACAAUUAACCUCUUUGGAGUGUGUAUAUAUAAAAUCACAUAAACUUGUAUUCAUAUUUUUUCCUGUGGUAUGUUGUACUAAAAAUUCAAAUGACUGAUUUUUUUUGCACCAUAUUUUUAAAUUAUCUCUUUUCAUUUAUUUUCCUUUUACAUUGGUACCAAUUUUGCUGUAAAAGAAUGCUGCUUAAUUUAAACAAAUCUUUUGGUUAAAUAUUUUGUUAGUGGUAAAAAAAUUUAGAAGGUUACAAAUUGUAGCAAAGGGGAGACCAUAGAUAAACACUACCUGUGAGACUUUUCAUAGCAGCUUUUUUUCUUUCAUGCUCCAAAUAUACCUUUUUAGGUCUGCAAAGAAGAAAACAGUUUUGGCUCACUCAGCUGCUAGAAUGUUUUGUAUAGUUUAAAAAAAAAAAGCUUUAUGAUGGUCACUGUUGUAAUCUUCACUUAUAACAAGAUUUAAGAUCGUCUUGUAUGUAUUAUAGUAAAUAGAUGAUUUUGAGAAUUAAGGCUUCUAAGAGUUUGAUUUGCUCCAUUUUCCCAAAAUAAAAAUUGCCUUUCCCACUUAUGUCCUAGGUAUUGUACUUCUAAUUAUGACUUGGAUUAUCGUUCUAGAUUACUAUGAUACCAUAAGCUCGGCUGCUGUUUGAAGUACAUGUAUAUUAUAAAUUAUCUUGAUAUUAUGUUAUAUUCUUGCAAGUAAUUAUCUUUUCUAAGAAAACAAACAAAAAAGAAAAGUCAACCCUAUUCCUAUUGCAAAGCACACAGGAAUUAAUAGUACAAUAAAGUCUGUCCUGUAAAUUGUAGUAUUCUUAACUUGUUCUACUUGUCUAUAUAGCUUUUAUUUAUAGUUGUCAGUCUAAUCUUGGCAUGUUUAGCAAAGAAAAUGAAACUUCAAGAGUUUUAUAUACUAUUUCUAGGUUGCUAAAGAAUUUAUUUUUCUACUGUAUAUGGUAUAGACAAAGCAUCACCUGUACAGGAAACAAGUCUAUUUCUAAUAGAAGUAAGCUUAAAAAUAAAUGCCAGUCAUAUCCAUAUUUAAAAGUUCUAUCUAUAAAGUAUCUCCUGUCUUUGUAAUGUGAAUUACAUUUUAAACUUUCUACAAAUU